AUGACUUCUUCUCUUUGUUUUCCUCACUUCUUCUUUUUGAUCUUCUCUUUGGUCAUCCUCACAGCGCAAUCCCGAACAAUUUUGAGGCCAAACAACCUUGUUCUACCGCUGCAAAAAGAUAGCUCAACACAUCUUUUUGUGACCAGCAUCCACAAGAGAACUCCUCUACUACAACUACCCUUUGUUGUGCACUUAAAUGGCCAAUUCCUGUGGGUUAGUUGUAAGCACGACUACUUAUCUUCAACCUACCACGCCCCCUUUUGCCACUCCACUCAAUGCGCCAGAGCCCAAACCUCUUACUGCCACACUUGCGCCUCCGCAGCCAGACCCGGAUGCCACAACAACACAUGUGGGGUCAUGGCUAGGAACCCCAUCACACGCCAAACAGCCAUGGGCGAGCUUGCUCAAGAUGUGCUCUCAAUUCAAUCCUUAAAAGGGUCCAACCCCGGCCCUUUGGUUUCUAUCCCUCAGUUCCUCUUUGCUUGUGCACCUUCCAAACUUCUGCGGAAAGGUUUACCGAAAAAUGUUCAAGGAGUUGCAGGACUAGGCCAUGCGCCAAUCUCUCUACCGACUCAACUUGCCUCACACUUCGGCUUCCCACCAAAAUUCGCCUUGUGUCUUCCUUCAAAAUCAUCGACAAACGGUGUCAUGUUCUUUGGAGACGGGCCUUAUUAUAUGCAUCCAAAUAUUGAUGUUUCACGUUCGUUAAGCUACACCCCUUUGACAAUAAGCCAAGAGGGACAUUACUACAUUCCCGUAACAUCAAUAGAAAUAAACAACAAGCCUGUCCCGAUUGACACAUCCUUGUUAACUUUCAGUCCUCAUGCCGGAACAGGCGGCACAAAGCUCAGUACAGCAAAGCCUUUUACAGUUCUUGAACACUCAAUCUAUCAAUCUUUCACCAAGUUCUUCACCAGCCAGCUCUCCGGGAUACCACAGAUGAAAACUCCUGUGGCGCCAUUUGGAGUGUGUUAUGACACUAAGAAACUAAGCUACUCAAAGAUUGGACCCCAGGUGCCGAACAUAGACCUGGUGCUGCAGAACCAAAACGUGAAGUGGAGAAUCAGUGGAACAAACUCGAUGGUGGAGGUACGACCCGGGGUAACAUGUUUAGCAUUUGUUGAUGGAGGGUUUCGGCCGAGGGCUUCAAUUGUUAUUGGGAGUCAUCAGUUGCAGGACAAUCUUGUGCAGUUUGAUCUGGCUAAGUCGAGGCUUGGGUUUAGCUCCUCGUUGCUGUCUCGGAGGACUAGUUGUGGCAACUUCAACUUCACUACAACUAGUGCAACUCCAUAG